GAGGUGGAAAUUCUGGUUUCCCUUGCCCAGAACUCCCAGUGCUAGCUUUGGCACGAUGGGUAGCUGGAGGGUCUCACUCCUGGCCCAGCCGGGCUGAGCCUCUGUCCCCUGCCUCUGGGGCCUGGAACCCCCACUCACCUUCUUGCUUUUGGAUGGCACCUCCGUCCGAGAGUCCAGACACCGUGGCUGGCUCAAGGAGCCAUCUGGUGACAGCCUCUGGCUGAGCAUGGCCCUACCAGCCCUGGGCCUGGACCCAUGGAGCCUUCUCGGCCUUUUCCUCUUCCAAGUGCUCCUCCUGCUGCUGCCAACAACGACAACAGGGGGCGGUGGGCAGGGGCCCGUGCCCAGGGUCCGAUACUAUGCAGGGGAUGGACGCAGGGCUCUCAGCCUCUUCCACCAGAAGCACCUCCAGGACUUUGACACUCUGCUCUUGAGUGGUGAUGGAGGCACUCUCUAUGUGGGGGCCCGAGAAGCCAUUCUGGCCUUGAAUAUCCAGGAUCCAGGUGUGCCAAAGCUAAAGAGCAUGAUACCCUGGCCGGCCAGUGACAAAAAAAAGAGUGAAUGUGCCUUUAAGAAGAGCAAUGAGACACAGUGUUUCAACUAUAUUCGAGUCCUGGUCUCUCUCAAUGCCACCCACCUCUAUGCCUGUGGCACCUUCGCCUUCAGCCCUGCCUGUACCUUCAUUGAACUCCAAAACUCCCGCCUUUUGCCAAUCUUGGAGGACAAGGUUGUGGAGGGGAAAGGCCAAAGCCCCUUUGGCCCUUCCCAUAGGCACACAGCUGUCUUGGUAGAUGGGAUGCUCUAUUCUGGCACCAUGAACAACUUCCUGGGCAGUGAGUCCAUCCUGAUCCGCACGCUAGGGUCCCAGCCUGUCCUCAAAACGGAUAAUUUCCUCCGCUGGCUGCAAUCGGACGCCUCCUUUGUGGCAGCCAUCCCUUCUACUCAGGUCGUCUACUUCUUCUUUGAGGAGACAGCCAGCGAAUUUGAGUUCUUCGACAAGCUCCGCACGUCCCGGGUGGCCAGAGUCUGCAAGAACGACACCGGCGGUGAAAAGCUUCUGCAGAAGAAGUGGACCACCUUUCUCAAGGCCCAGUUGCUAUGCUCCCAGCGGGGUCAGCUGCCCUUCAACGUCAUCCGCCACGCCGUCCUGCUGCCGGACUCCACCGAUCCCCAAGUCUACGCAGUCUUCACCUCUCAGUGGCAGGUUGGAGGGACCAGGAGCUCCGCUGUCUGUGCCUUCUCUCUCAAAGACAUUAAGCGUGUCUUUGAGGGAAACUUCAAGGCGCUGAACAAAGAGACCUCACGGUGGACUACUCGCAGGGUCCCUGAUGAUAUCAGUCCUCGGCCAGGCAGUUGCUCAGUGGGCCCCCCCUCCGAUAAAGCCUUGACCUUCAUGAAGGACCACUUCCUGAUGGAUGAACAGGUGGUGGGAACGCCCCUGCUGGUGAAGUCGGGUGUGGAGUACACACGACUUGCAGUGGAGGCAAUCCAGAGCCUGAAUGGGAAGAGCCAUGUGGUUAUGUACCUGGGUACCGCCACAGGGUUCCUGCACAAGGCUGUGGUGAGUGGGGGCAGCAGAGCUUAUCUGGUAGAGGAGAUCCAGCUGUUCCCUGACCCUGAACCUGUUCAAAAUCUGGAGCUGGCCCUGACCCAGGGUGCACUGUUUGCAGGCUUUUCAGGAGGUGUCUUGAGGAUUCCUCGAGCCAACUGUAGUGUCUAUGAGAGCUGUGUGGACUGUGUCCUUGCCCGGGACCCCCACUGUGCCUGGGACCCUGAGUCUGGAACCUGCCGCCUCCUGCCCACCUCCAUCCCGGAGUCCUGGAGGCAGGACCUGGAGAGAGGGAACCCACAGUGGGCGUGUGCCAAUGGCCCCAUUGGCAGGAGCCUCCAGCCUCAGAGUCGCCCUCAAAUCAUUAAGGAGGUCCUGGCUGUCCCCAACUCUAUCCUGGAGCUCCCUUGCCCCCACCUUUCAGCACUGGCCUCUUACCACUGGAGUCACAGGAAAGCGACAGUCCCAGAAGCCUCUUCCAUGGUCUGCAAUGGCUCCCUCUUGCUACUACUGCGGGAUGGGGUGGGGGGUCUCUACCAGUGCUGGGCCACUGAGAACAGCUUCUCAUACCCUGUGGUCUCGUACUGGGUGGACAAUCAGGAUCAUCCCCUGGCCCUGGACCCUGAACUGGCAGGCAUUCCCCGAGAGCGUGUGGAGGCCGCACUGACCAGGAUUGGUGGCGGGGCUGCCAUGGCUGCCCAGCGGUCCUACUGGCCCCACUUCCUCACUGUCACUGUGCUGUUUGCCUUAGUGCUUUCAGGAGCCCUCAUCUUCCUCCUCGUGUCCCCACUGGGGGCACUCCGAGGCCGGGGCAAGGUACAGGGCUAUGAGACCAAGCCCCCGGGAGAGAAGGCUCCAUUGAGCCGGGAGCAGCACCUCCAAUUUCCCAACGAAUGCAGGACCUCUGCCAGUGAUGUGGAUGCUGACAACAACCACCUGGGCGCCGAGGUGGCUUAAACUCUGGACACACACUGGGGCUGUGGGGGAGGACAUGGCACCUAGCCAUGCUGAUUGGGAAGCCUGGAGCACUGCAGACCUGACCAGUGUGGGAGUAGCACAAAAGAUCACCUUCCUCCUGUGAGAGUAGCUUCAUUGCCUCUGUGCCACCAAUAGCAUUCAGCAGGCCUGGGCACAGUUGCUGGCUGACCUAUGGAAUUCCCUUCUACAAAGCACAUGGGUUCUCAAGGGGAGCUGCUCCAGACCUGGACCGAGGCUAUGAUAGGACCUAGAGAGGAUGCUUCAGUUCUGGCCAUUCCAGGACCUCCAGAAACAUGCUGUUCCAGGAUCCUAUGGUAAUGAACACCAAACAUCUGAACAACCAUAAGAUAGUGUGCCGCACCUGGAGACUCCACUCUGAUAGCAGCUACCACCUUGGACUCCAACACUCCUGUCUCCCAGGGAUCUUUAGGGCUCUGCAGGGAGCUGCCCUUUCCUGCUUCCAUUAUCAACUGUGUGCCACUGACGCCCUGGGAGGUUUUCCUGAAGUCUGACCACCUUCCUUUUUGCUUCAGUUGGUGGAGGUUGUGAUCCCUUCUGGCCCAACUGGAACGACAGGGGUAAUCUGAGACUUUACCCUGGCUGACCCUUUGACCUCUGUCCUCUCCCGUUUCCUUUGCUUUGGGAUUCAGAAAACUGCUUGUCACAGACAGUUUAUUUUUUAUUAAAAAGACAAAGCUUA